AUGCAUCAACCUGUUCAAUUAACUAAUAAUAGACCGAGGAGGACCCGUAAUAGGGAUAAUGCUAAUAGCCCUCUUACGGAAAGGUCGAAACGCCAGAAAACGCCUGUUUUUAUUCCAGAUCAUUCUUCAGAAAGUUCAGAUAUAAGCGAUGAUAUUCCACUUAUUGAAUCUUCUAGAAAUGCUCAACUUGAGGAUGUUUCCUUCGAAGAAUCAUCGCUUGAUUCUUCCAGUGAUGAACAUCCUAAAGGUCAGAAUGACAAUUGGGCUCCACCAAACAGAACUGUACCAUCACCACAACCACCGAAAAAUGAUAAUACGCCAAAACCACAACGGACAACCCCGAAAAGAACUGGAAGAAGAGUUAGAAGACAAAAUCCAAUCAUUCAAUCUCAACCAAUCUCGAAUGAAGAUAAACGAACACCUGAUCCAGUACCAAGAGCUAGACGUUCAUCCUAUAAUAGAACAAAUGAUUCUUCCGGGUCGAAUUCAAUUAAUGAAGAUGACUUUGUUACCAACGAUGAUAGCGAAAAACAAUUUAUAGAUUCAGGAGUAGGGUCUGCACCAAAUCCAGCUAUUGAGCAGCAUGAAUCAACAGAACAAACAGUACAAACAGUAGAAACCCCAGCUGCCGAUACUGGAAACAAACGAAAUCUUGACAUAUCUGGUACAAAACUUGUAGAAAUCUUACGUAGAAAAUCCGUAUUCGCCCCAGUAUCAUUUUCUCUUUACCAACUAGAUAAAACAAUUUUCUUUACAAGGCAUGGGAAGAUAGCGCUAGGUAAAGGAUUCUUCAUUCUUCGAAAGAAUGUAAUGGAUGGCGAAAUGGUCGGCUUUUUACGCGAGCAUCAGAAUCUUCAUCGAUUUACUUACUAUUCAGGCCAUGAUGAGAGUAGCCUUGGUGAACAAUUUGGUUUCUCGUUCAUCAAGCGACCGAACAUUCAGUCUCAAGUUCGUCAAAUCCGCGUUAUUUACAGGAAAGGUUUUCAACUUCAUUAUCCAAAAGAUAAGAGCGAAAAUCUUUCUCGUCUUGCUCGAGAUUACAAUGAGGAAUCACCAAAUCCUAUAUACAAUAACUAUGAAAUAUUAAAUUCUCAAAUUCCACGACUAUUACAAGAUGGAACCCUUGUAAUGAGCUUUGGAGGCGCUACAUGUAAUUCUAGCUGCAAGAAUUUUGUAUUCAGAAUUCCUGGAACAAAUAAAUGCCAAUUUAUGUGUUUCCGCCAAGCUCAGGAAACAUUCAAAGCUCGAUACCAAGAUCCAUUUACAGAAGAGAGUGCUUUUGCAAUGGCCAUCGCAUCUUUCGUCGGCGAAGGAUGA